CCAUGUGCUCCUCCUCGACGUACUUGAAUCGCUUUUCAUAAAGCGAGUGUGCUACAUGCCUUCUGCGCCAUCUUUUUAGAAGUCGUUCGUAAAAAGUUUACGUUUUAGCCGGCGAAUUUAUCACCUCUGUUCAAAGGAUGGCUCUCCUAAGAUUAACCUCACAAAACAUUAGGUUCGUUGCACGCCGAUUUGCUGGAACGGUCGUCCCUGUUUCCCGUGAAGGCGACCCAAACUAUAUCUAUGCUGAUAGGUUGGACUUCCCAGCUCCUAAAGUAAAGUUUGUCAGAGAUGAAAACCUAACACCAGAAAUGAAGUCAUUAAAAGACAAGGAAGCUGGAGAUUGGAAAAAUUUAACAGCAGAUGAAAAAAUCCAGUUAUAUAGAUUGAGUUUUAACAAAACAUAUGCGGAGAUGCGUGCUCCAACCGGAGAGAUGCGUUAUAUUAUUGGUGGUAUUUGCAUUGGAUUAGCUGUAUCAGCUCUUGUAUUUGGAUUCCAAAAGAAAUUUAUCUCACCAGAAUUGCCACAUAGUUUGAAUGAAGAAUGGCAAGAAGAACAGCUGAAAUACAAUAUAUCUAUCCGUAACAACCCUGUGACAGGCGUCGCAUCACAAUGGGACUACGAAAAAAACGAGUGGAAAAAAUAGAUUAGUAGACGGCUGGUGUGAAAAAAAUAACAUGCAAUUUAGGAGUUUAAAAGAAAAACAGAUGUUAAUAGAAUUUGGGGCAGUCAUCAUUUAUUGAAAUAAUUCACAUUUAAUGUCAUGUAAUCUUUUCAUCCAAUGGUAAAGUUUUUGUGGUUAGCAGUAAUAAAACAAGGUAAAGAAUGUGAAGGAACUGAUGAUGUAUUGAAAAAGAAAUUAAUUAAUUGUUGAUUGAAGUUAUAUAUUAAUUGGUAAUUUCUCACCAAAGACGCAAAAGACCUCAGUAUUCACACAGAGUUCCUAUUAUAUUUACAGCAUAUAUUGAAUAGAUUUAAGUGCAUGUCAUGUAAAUACCAAAUGUACUGGAUGUUCAGCAGCUCUUAAUAUUAAUUGAUUGUUUUGUAAACCACUACAUUUCCAUUUUGAACACCUCAUGCAAUUCAGGUAUUGCAUUAUAUAAUUUGAAGAAAUCAUUGUUUCUACUAAAGCAAGUCUAAAUUUGAAAAUGAUAUGCCUUUGGUGUGAUAUUCAUUAAAGUAUUAUUGAGUGACUGUUUAAAUUA